AUGGCCCUUGCAAAUCUGGUCAUCACUCUUCCAGUUGCAAUAUCUGCUCCUCCAAGCCGCAGCAUGGCCAGAAGACCAACGCUGGUCAACAUACGACUUGCAAAGAAGCCUGCAUUUAUCCUACAGUCUCUUGCCGCCUUACUUCAGGCGAGCGGAAAUUUUGUUCCAAUGACGUUUUUACCUGAGUUCUCAACCGUUAUCGGUUAUUCUGUUUCCUUUGGUGCUACGCUUCUUGCUGUUAAUAAUGGCAUCAAUGCAGUGUCACGAGUCCUUAUGGGUGUUACAGCAGAUAAGCUAGGGAGGCAGAAUACGCUGGUCCUGGGUGUUGCUGGAAGCGCCGCGAGUGUAUGGUGUCUAUGGCUCGCGGCUGCUGUUAAUGGAGGAAAAGCCGCUUGGCUCACAUUUGUGGUUGUGUAUGGAAUCCUAGCAGCCAUCAAUCCUCCCUCCCCUCCCUCCAAUCGACAUAAUUGCUCCGGGAUGACUGCUAACAGUUCCGUGAUAGGUGCAUUCAACGCGCUCUUUCCAACCACAAUCACGGAAAUCUUUGGCGUGCAUGCCUACGCCUCUGUCAAUGGCUUCCUCUACUUUGUGAGAGGUCUCGGUGCACUCUUUGGCUCCCCCGUUGCUGGUUUUAUCCUGGGGGAUUCUCGUGUCCCUUCGCCGGGUCAGGAGACCUCUACUCUACUACAUGAUUAUCGGAACCUCAUUUGGUAUGAUGGAGGCCUUCUCUUGGCCUCAUCCCUUUGCGUGAUUGGGGUACGUGGUUUUGAUGCACUAGAGAAACGCAAGUGGGCCUGGAGAGCAUAG